AUGCCAGACACCAACAAAGAUGCGGCUGCAGCAGGUGCAGGAGCACAGGUACCACUACCACAGAACUUCUCGGAAGCAUUUCUGCGACUCCUGACCAAUCAGCAAGCCCUCAUGACACGGAUGUCGGAGCAGUUGGCCCCUACACAGCAGGCCAUCAAGAGUUUGUCCAGGGACGAAACCGUACUAGACUCUUUAUCGAGCAACAUGGCGGAGUUCGCCUACGAUAAGUUCAGUGGACACACCUUUGACGCAUGGUUUUCCCGCUACAGUGACCUGUUUGAACGCGACGCAACCAAGCUGGACGAUCCGGCGAAAGUGCGGCUCCUCCUAAGAAAAUUAAGCCCACCAGACCACGAACGCUACCAUAGCUUCAUUCUUCCCAGGACGUCACGGGACUUCACGUUCGAUGAGACAAUAAGCAAACUCAAAGCACUUUUCGGUGCUACUGUCUCAACUUUCCGUCGGCGUUAUAACUGUUUCCAGACAACGAAAGACCCUGGAGAAGAUUACCUGGCCUAUUCAUGCAGGGUCAACAAGGCAUGCGUCGAUUUUAAACUCUCCGAGCUAACCGAGGAGCAGUUUAAAUGUCUUACCUUCGUCUGUGGUCUAAAGUCAAAUCAGGAUGCGGAAAUUAGGAUGCGGUUGAUCAACAAGCUCAACGAAUCUGCCGACCUCACCCUGGAGCAGGUCGUAGAGCAAUGCAACAGUUUGGUAAACCUGAAGCAGGAUACGGCACUGGUGGAGUCGACAUCCUCGGUGGUGAAUAUGGUGACUGUCAUAUCCUGGCAGUUAUUCUGGCAACACUGUAUGCUGUCAGCCGAGCACGCGGUGAAAAUCCACUGCGUAAUAAAAUUCAUUCCUUACAUCAGCCACCAUAUGUAA